AUUGUAUGUUACUGUAUUUACCGCAAACUGCGGUUUGAUUUUUGCAAAAGGAUAAUCCAAUGAGCGUUCCGUCGAUAGACUUUCGUGUAGUUUUGCAAUCUAUUAUAGGAGGAUUUCUACCGGAAGUUUUGUACAGACCAUUCAAAAUAUCUCUAGUCAAGAAGAGAGUCUGGGAUGUUCAUUUGAUCAAUAGGAACACAGACGAAGAAGGAAGACUGUAGCGAUAAAUUUUGUUAAUGUCUAAUCAUUGAUCCCGUAUUCCACGUUUGUGAAUUUCAAUGUGCUGCUAAUUCAUCUCGUCAACUUUAAAGGCUCUUCUGGUAAUUUCUGUGUGUUAUCGAGUGAUUUUUGUGUAGGAAUUUUAUGCUAUCUUAUGAUCGUGUCGAUUGCUCAUUAAUUUUCAUAUUCCGUUCAACACUAACGAUAGAAUAUUGACAAUUUACAAUAAUUGUAGAGAUUGACGUAUAUCUGCAGGAUCCUUUACUUGAGAUCGAUGUGAACUAAUUUUUUCUGUGUUCAAAGUUCUCUAUGCAAAUAGAAAAUGUGUUGAUGUAAAGUGAUCUGUUCACUUAUUUCGUGAGAAUUUCUACGCUAAUUGUCUUUUGACUAGCAUGAGAAGAAGCCGUAUUUUUCUUGGAAUUUCCCAUCUGUUAUGGAGAAAACUAGAAGAAUAUCAGUAGACCGGAAGGGCAUCCAGUCUCUGUUCAUCCCAGCUGUUCCGAAAAUUGUGUUCGAAACCUCUGAGCCACACGGACCAGAAUCCACAGGAGGCACGAUCCCUCACUCGCACUCAGCGGGGGAGUUAGCGAUCGCCAAUGAAGGCAAUCAUUUACAGAAACGCACCGGAAGUACCCACUUUCCGUCAUCGGACGGAAGUGAAUCUAGUUCCCGUUCCACUCUUGACCUAUAUUGCUCACCUCGACUUCAGAGACGUAAAGUGUUUCAGUUUGACCAGGAUGAUAUGGAACAAUCCUGGACAGAAACAAUGGUUUCUCGGAAGUCUUCAAACACCCUGGGACCCGGAAACAAAAUUGGGAGUACGUUAUCACUGACUAGUGAAUGUACAGCCAGAAGUAUAGGGCUCAUAUCGAACGACUCAUCCUCCGACAGCACACAAUUUUCAGACAAACUGGAACAUAUAAAACAGAAACAAAACUAUCUUCGGCGGUAUGCUUCGAACCCGGAGAAAAAUCAAAAGGAGUGUGCGGAAAAUGCUGUCCAGAGGAGCACCAAGUCUUUCAGUAAUUUACAAUCGGAAAGUCAGAGAACAAGUGAGGUAGGGAGUGACAGUAUGGACGACAGUUUAUGUGAUUACGUCACACCGCGGGAAGUUCAAGAGCAGAUGUCACGCUUCUCUGUCGCCAACUCUAAUGAAAAUUCUUCACCCAAUCUUAUAACUAUGGUAACAGAUGACUCGGAAAUGAAGGAAGGACGAAUUAGACAAUGGUUGACUGAUAUAGAUGUAAAAGAUGAUUCUUUUUGAUGGGUAAUUUUGUAAUACACAUGGUUUAUUUCUAAAAUUGACGUGCAAAGUAAAAAGUUAUUUUCAGUUCUAGAUUUGCAUUCAAAUUAAGCAGAGGUCUCAAGGCUGAAUCGUGGACCUGAUAGGAGAUGAUGAUUUGUAUGAGGAAGCAAUUAUUCCUAUAGUUCCGAACAUCAGGGGUUAAAGACUGUUUUAUACAUGCUUACUUUUUUUCUCAAAUAUUUCUGCAAGGAUAAAAACGUUAGAUAACGGGACAACCUUUAAAGAUAAGAGAUUUUUCGAAGGUCUUUAAUUACGAUGAGGAUUGAAGGUGCACCAAUCCCAAAAUAACAAAAGAAAACCAGCUGGUUUGGAAAAUGAUAACAAAGUUAAAUAGAAUUAAUCGAUAGUGGUGUACCUGGGGAUUAUAAAUUCACUCCAUAUCUAUUAUAUCAAAGUUAAUUACGGUAUGUAUUCAUCAAAGUCGAUAAACUACCUUCUAAAUUCAAUUGUAUAAAGUCAUUGUGUAUCGCUGUUGU